AUGGGAGGCUCGCUAUCACGCAUUUGGUCCCUUCUUUGGUCCAAGAAGGAAAUCAGAAUUCUCAUUUUGGGACUUGAUAAUGCUGGUAAGACCACUCUACUGUACAGAUUGAAGAUUGGUGAGGUUGUCACCACGAUACCUACAAUUGGUUUCAAUGUCGAAUCGGUCACAUAUAAGAAUCUGAAUCUCAACGUCUGGGAUCUUGGUGGCCAAACCUCCAUUCGCCCAUACUGGCGAUGCUACUAUGCCAACACCGCCGCAGUGGUCUUCGUCAUCGACUCCACAGAUAUCGAGCGGCUGGGGACCGCGGCAGAUGAACUGGCAGCCAUGUUGAACGAGGAGGAACUUCACGAUGCGGCUUUGCUGGUAUUUGCCAACAAACAGGAUCAGCCCGGUGCCAAGGGCGCUGGCGAAAUCUCAGAGGCUUUGAAACUGGGGGAACUGCGGGACCGGAACUGGAGCAUUGUUGCUUGCUCUGCCAUCGAUGGCAAGGGUAUCAACGAAGGAAUGGAUUGGCUAGUGCAAACAAUCCAGUCGGAGAACGCAUGA